CACACCGACGUUCAUCCUCUUCUUCACAGUCUCUCUCUCUUUCUUCACCUCCUUCUCUUUCUCUCUCUCUCUCUACUCUGCCGCUAUCCGACGACAAUCUCUCUGCUGGCAAAACCAAGAAAGAAAUUAAAUUAUUAAGCUAAUGAAGAAAAGAUUCCUUCCCUUUCCCCUUUUCCCCCAACCCUAAAUUUCUCCCUAUGCUUUAAUCAAAAUCACCUGGUUUUACCUCCAAUUUCUCCUUUUUUUUACUCCCAAAUCCAUGGGCUGCGCCACCUCCAAGCCCGACGAUUCUCCCGCGGUGCUUCUAUGCCGGGAGCGCUGCACCUUCCUCGACGAAGCCGUACGGCAGCGUUUCGCCUUCGCCGAGGCUCACAUGGCCUAUCUCCACUCCCUCAAGGAGGUCGGCGGCUCUCUCGACCGCUUCUUCAGCCAGGAUCCCGACGCCUCCUUCCACUCCCCGCCCUCGCCCGUUCUCAACCUCCCGGCGCACAGAAAGGGGGAUUCUCCCUCCGCCUCGCCGCCGGAUAAAAUUCACCACCACCUCCCUUCCCGCUCCGACUCCGGCUCCCAUCUCCACUUCCAUUCCGACGAUUCGGAGGACGAAGACGACGACGGCGGCGGAGGCUCCGACCUGGACUCGCUGCAUCAUCACCAUGACGUCAUCUCGCCGCCGCACCAGCAGCUCCCCUACGGCAGCAGAGGCUAUUUCCCGGGCUAUGAGAAUCUCAAUCUGAAUAUCCCCAACGGCGGCGGCGGCUUUAUGAAUGUGAAUUACAUGAAGAAGCAUACGGCGCCGUCUGUGGUGUACACGCAGCGGCCGAUGAAUCCGGAAACUAUGUAUAUGGGUGAAUCUUCUUCCUCAUACUAUCCCAAUCCUAGUUAUUCCAUCAAUCAGAACGCAAACACUGCUUAUCCUAUGUAUAAUUACAAUAAUGGCUAUUCCAAUUACGGCGGCGGAGGUGGUUAUUUUGACGGUUCUUCGCCGCCGGCGCCCUACGGAGGCGGCGGAUAUUCGUCGCAGCAGUCGGUGGCUUCGACUUCUAAAGCGCCCCCGGCGCCCCCUUCACCGCCGAGCUCAUCUGCUUGGGAUUUCUUGAACCCUUUUGAGAGCUAUGACAAGUUUUAUCCGCCUUACACUCCCAGCCGCGACUCGAGGGAGGUGAGGGAAGAGGAGGGGAUUCCGGAUUUGGAAGAUGAGGAAGAUGAGGUUGUGAAAGAAGUUCACGGCGAUCAGAAAUAUGCGGAUAGCGGGAGGAGCAGUUACUCCAAGCCAGGGGCAUCGGAGGAAGAAGGAAGAGGUGUGAAUGAAGCGGAAUUGCAUUACAGAGCGAGGCCUAGUGUUGGUAUGGAGAGUGAUGCGGUCGAGUAUGAGGUGCAUAUGGUGGAUAAGAAGGUUGUUGAUGCCGAAGAGAGGGCGAAAGAUCGGGGCAAUGCUGCUGGGUUUAAGCCGCGUGGAUUCAAAGGGGAUUCGGAAGUUUUGAAGGAGAUCCAAGCCCAGUUUGAGCGGGCUUCGGAAUCUGGGAAUGAGCUAGCAAAAUUUCUUGAAGUUGGGAAGCUUCCGUAUAAGCGGAAACAUGGUGGCAAUCAUGUCUCUUCCAAGAUACUGCAUCUGCCAAUGGUUUCUUCGCAACCUUCGACGUCGCAAAGCUCUGAUAGUGCCGAUCCUGCUCUUUUGGAGAUCAAUCAAGAACUGGAGCUUCGGUCCAAAAACCUUUCUUCUACUUUACAUAAGCUCUAUCUUUGGGAGAAAAAACUGUAUGAAGAAGUUAAGGUUGAGGAAAGAAUGAGGCUUCUUCAUGAGCAGAAAUCUAAAAAACUGAAGCGUUUGGAUGAAAAAGGUGCCGAGACUCACAAAAUUGAUGUGACGAGGAAGUUGGUUAGAGAUCUAUCCACAAAAAUCAGGAUUGCAAUUCAGGUCGUUGAUAAGAUCUCAGUGAAGAUAAAUACCGUGAGGGAUGAGGAAUUGUGGCCACAGCUAAAUGAAUUCAUUCAAGGGUUGACUAGAAUGUGGAAGUCGAUGCUCGAGUGUCAUCAUAGUCAAUGUCAAGCAAUUGGAGAAGCCAAGCGAUUAGAUGCCAUUGCAUUUCGAAAGCACUUUAGUGAUACUCAUUUUGAAGCCACUAAACAGCUUCAACAUGACGUAAUUAAUUGGACUCUAAGGUUCUCUUAUUGGGUAACUGCACAAAAGGGUUUUGUCCGAGCAUUGAAUAACUGGCUUAUGAAGUGUCUCCUCUAUGUUCCUGAAGAAACGGCUGAUGGGGUAGUCCCAUUCUCUCCCGGUAGGAUUGGCGCCCCUCCAGUGUUCGUGGUCUGCAAUCAAUGGUGGCAGUCUUUGGAAAGAAUUUCUGAAACAGAAGUGAUUGGUUCCAUGCGAGACUUUGCCUCGACAGUCCUUCACCUAUGGGACCAGGAUAAGGCAGAAAUGCGUCAGAGGAUGUUGGCGAACAAGGACGAUAGGAAGGUUAAGAGCCUCGAUAAAGAGGAUCAGAAGAUACAAAAGGAGAUUCAGGCUUUAGAAAAAAGGAUGGUGGUAAUGUCCGCAGAUGACAACGGUAUGCCACUAGCUGGACAUGCCGUAUAUCAAAGCGAGACUACUAAAGGAGGGAGUCUGCAGGCAAGUCUGCAGCAUGUACUUGAGGCAAUGGAGAGGUUCACUGGCAACUCUCUUAAGGUCUAUGAAGAGAUACUGCAAAGAAUCGAGGAGGACCAUCUGGCCCGGGAGCAGGAAAAGGUUUCUUAAUGUGGCUGAUUUUUCUGAUUAAUGACCAUCCAUGGAGAGAGAUGAAUGGGAUUGGGAGGUAUUUUCAAAUUUUCUUUCUUUUCCGUUGGCCUUCUUCUUCUCUUUAUGUCAUCAAGUUUGAGGGAGGAUUGCAUAAGAGCCCGCUGCUAUUACAUUUUGAUGAUUGAUUAUUGCAACGAAGGAGAGUAAAGGGCAAUGCAGACGAGUGCUCAUCUUGCUGUGGAAUGAUCUCAAGUGCGUUGUCGUAUUGAUUGACACUGGGUUGCUGGAUGGGUAUGAUGCAGUCAUCUCUCGGUGAAUGGAGAGGGCAACACAGCGUGAUUGGGGAAGAGAAGCCUUACUUUUCUGGGCUUUGUAUUCCCGUUGGCAUAUAUGCAGCAGGAGGCAUGUACAAACAGUAGGUUGCAUGUAUUAGUAGUUUUGUCAUCCAUAUUUUGUACAGGAAUUCUUUACCUAUUUAUCUUUUAUUAUUCAAACUCUGAUCUUGAUGAGCAAAA